AUGGCGCCCCAACCUCAUUCCGUUCUUAUGCAUUUGCUGCAGUCCGGAGAGUACAGCGACUUCAAGAUGGUCUGCAAGGAUCGCGAGUUCAAGCUUCACCAGAUGAUUGUCUGCCCUCAGUCGCCUGUCAUCAGCGCGGCGCUCAAAGGCGGCUUUGAGGAAACAACUUCGAAGGUCAUUACAGUCAAUGAGUUCAGUGUGCGCACCGUUCAGUACAUGGUGACUUUUCUCUACGGCGCAGACUACAGACUCGCACCCGAACCCGAGAGAAAGCCGGCGCAGGACGAUCAGGGCGAGAAGAGGGAGGAGGGCGAGAUCGUUAGCGGCGACGACGAACUGUCCAAAGCCCUUCCUACAGCGUCACAGAAGAUUGCAAACCAGACUGUCUACCAGAUCGUAUCCCACCUUCGCGUUAACGCCGUCGCUGACUACUACGGUAUCGCGAAGUUGGCAAAGCUUUCGACUAGCAAGAUCGAGAACAUUCUCAAGAAGGAGAUGGACUUUCACAUCAUUCCCCAGGUCAUCGUCGAGAUGUCUACCGCAAACAGAAACUUCGAGAUCCGCUCUGUCAUCGCGACGGCUACCGCCCGGUAUAUCGCGGAACUCGCCUCGACGCAAGCUCUGCGAACCAUUGACCUCGAACACCAACUCACGAUCGAGAUCCUUGAAGCCUGUGGUCAGAGAAUCCAGAAGCUUAUGGAACACUUCAGCACAGUUCAGAACCAACACGAAGAGGUUGUGCGCAAACUAAAUGGAGACCGGGAUGUCACUGCCACAAAGGUCAGAGCCAUCAUGCAGCAAUUGAAGAACACCCCAAAAUGUCGCAAUUGCAAGAAGGAUUUUAUGUGCUUCAUUGAUGAACCCGCCAACGUCCUUGCUGAGACGUCUCGCUACAUUCUUCGCUGCCGAGCCUGUCAGUAUCGCCAUCCAUGA